ACUACUCCCCUCCUGUUAAAGAAGAGGAGGUCUGCUGGACGGAGAAAGUGUCUGUGGCAGAACAUUGUUGUGAAAGAGGAGGAGGAGUAUGUUACAGUAAAACAAGUAGAAGGUGAGGCUGUUACAGUGAAAGAAGAAGAGAAAGACGUUUCAGUGAAAGAAGAGGAAAACGCUUUCAGAGUGAAGGAGGAGGAUGUUACAAUAAAAGGAGAGGAUGCAGUUUUUGGUGUGAAAGAGGAGGAGGGGGAGAUUACUGUCACAUUGGACGAAGAAGAGGAGGUUGGAGAUCUGUUUAACACCAGAGAGAGACGUGACUAUCGUGGAACCUCUGGGAAGCCUCAACAACAACAUGAUGCUGAUGAGGCAGAGAAGAGUCUAUCCAGAUCAGAACUCCUCAAGAAACACCAGCAGAAAGCCACAUGGAAGAAAUAUUACCACUGCUUCUCUGACUGUGGGAAGAGAUUAAACGAUUCAGUAAAACUUCAAAUACAUCACACAAGAAAGAAACCAUAUGGCUGUGCUCAAUGUGGGAAGAGUUUUGUUAAAUCUAGCCAUCUGACUGUACACCAGAGAACACACACAGGAGAGAAAUCAUAUAGCUGUGAUCAAUGUGGGAAGAGUUUUGUUAGAUCUAGCCAUCUGACUGAACACCAGAGAACACACACAGGAGAGAAAUCAUAUAGCUGUGAUGAAUGUGGGAAGAGAUUUGCUCAAUCAAGCCAGCUGACUGUACACCAAAGAACACACAGAGGAGAGAAAUCUUAUAGCUGUGAUCAAUGUGGGAAGAGUUUCUCUUCUUCUAGCUCUCUAACUAUACACCAGAGAACACACACAGGAGAGAAAUCUUAUUGCUGUGAUCAAUGUGGGAAGAGUUUUGUUAGAUCUAGCCAUCUGACUAUACACCAGAGAACACACACAGGAGAGAAACCUUAUAGCUGUGAUCAAUUUGGGAAGAGUUUCUCUGCUUCUAGCUCUCUAACUAUACACCAGAGAACACACACAGAAGAGAAACCUUAUAGCUGUGAUCAAUGUGGGAAGAGUUUUGCUCAAUCAAGCCAUCUAACUAUACACCAGAGAACACACCCAGAAGAGAAACCUUAUAGCUGUGAUCAAUAUGGGAAGAGUUUCUCUACUUCGAGCUAUCUAACAAUACACCAGAGAACACACACAGGUGAGAAAUCUUAUAGCUGUGAUCAAUGUGGGGAGAGUUUUACUUGGCCAAACAGCCUGAAUAUACACAAGCGGACACACACAGGGGAAGAGAUACUCUGAUUAAACAUAAACUACAUGAAGGAGUUGUUUCAUGAUAUCAAUGAAAUAUUAAUUAAUGUCACAAUGUAGAAUGUAGUACGAGUAUUUUAAUGAUGUUACAAUGUAGAACCCUAAACGUUUGUCCCCUGUUCUAUUGAUUUCAGCUUGAUAUGGAUAUUAGCCUCUGGGAAAAAAUCCAGGCUCUGAAUUAAAAGAGUACUAUUUAUGAGAUUUAUCAAAAAGGUACUAACAAAAAAAAGAGUUCUGUUACAUUUAGCACUUUGGUGACCCACUUGAAUCAAAAUGCAACACUUCAAAAUGUUUAGGUUUUCAAUAUAUCCCAAACUGUUUCUACAUAUUGGUUAGUGAUUUGGACACGUUAAAUCUGUGUUUUGUUUUGACAUUGACAAUCCUACAUCACUCCAGCAUUUCUCGACAACAUUCAAGUGCUAAUUGUCUUUAUUCCACUACUGAAGAAGCAUGUUUCAAAUCACCUCAUAUUUCAAACAUUCAGCCUGACCAAAGAUACAUGUUUUAUUAUUCCAUGCCUCACCAUUCAGUUAAUUGGUGGUGAGCUGGUCCAGGUUCUAUUUAAGAGUGUCUGGCCCAGUGCUCCAGUUGUCUUGAUAGAUGUGGAGAGUCAACACCUUUAGUUGCUCCACUUUUUUGGUUUACUUCCUGUCUGUAAGUUUGGUGUGGGUUUUUCUUUUGUUUUCCUCUUCUUGGGCAGAUUUAGAGGGUCUCAUGGUGGGUGUAUUUUUUGUCCCAGUUGUUGUUGCUAGUCAACUUUCAGUGGACACAGAGCAAAACUGCAAGAUUGUGUUACAAUACAUUUAUUACAUUAAAUGGUUGUUUUAUGCAACAGAAUAGAGGGUUCUUAGAACGAUUGUGUCUGUGUUCUACUGAGGAUGGGCCUCUGAGGAUGAGUUAAUGUUUCUGUUCUAUAUGGUACCAGGGAGAGAUGACCCCAGGGCCAGACCUUGGUCUCUACACAGAGUAUUGUUUUUACAGCAGAUACUGUCUGCUGAGAAUUAUAAGUAUCUUUCAUACUAAUCUUAUCCUUGUGACCCGUUCUAUACAUCUGUUGUUCGUCAUGUAGGUUGACAGGGGUGUAUCUUGGCUAUAAAAGACCUUUGUACUUUUGUCCUGUGGGUCGACCAGCCAUCAUUAUUGUAGAGCACUCAAUUGAUUCACUUUAUAUGUGCACGUUGUAUUGACCUGCUCCCUUAUUAAGUGAAUAAAGAUUUAGUUUAAGCAUAA